AUGAAAAUAGCAGCGGUACUUCAAUUGACCUGGAAGCCAAUUGCAUUCAGUCCCUUUACACUGAUUCUUGCCACGCUAAUGGCAUGGUCACUCAUUGCCCUUCUGCAAGUUCUCCUCGUGAUCAGCGAGAGAAACGGGGGCGUCAUUCUCGCAUCCACAAUUAACGAUAUUGGGAUUGGGAAAUCGUUCGAGUAUCUCUACUUGCCCACCAUCAUCGCGCUCGUUUUCAGCAUAUUCUGGAAUUGGAUUGAUUUGCAGGUGAAGAGGCUGGAGCCGUAUCACCAGCUUAGCCAGCAAAAUGGCGCUUGGGGCAAGGAUAGUCUGCUGAUAAGCUACCCCUUUGACUUUUUGCCGUUUGUGCCAUGGAGCGCCUUCAGAAGCCGGCACUGGGCUGUGUUUUGGGCUAGCAUCUGCGUCAUGCUCGUCACAUGGGGCCUGGUCCCUCUACAAGCGGGUAUUUUUGCUACCGAGAUAGUCACUCGCACCGCAUCCGUCUCUUUUGCGCGAUCCAAUACCUUCAUGCCUGCGAGCGAGCAGCCGCUCAAUAUUACCGGUCGAUACAUCCAGUCUGCCCAUGGCAUCAUCUGGCUGAACGAAACGCUGCCGCCUUACAUGACACGCGAGUACAUGCUGGCACCAUUCCAGUCCAAAGCAAGCAUCAUGGCUGCAGCCACAAAUAUCACUUGGACUUCAAACACAACGCUCUACAGUCUGGACAUGACAUGCGAGACUCCCAAGCUGAGCCCAACGACAGAGCAGAAAUCAGUGUAUACGAGUAGUAACGGCUGCGGCCUCGCUACCCGCUACUACGCGACUCUCGGCAACGAGACGAUUGGGCCGAAUCCCUCGUUCCAGAACCAGACUGUGUACAACACCAAGGAGUUUUCCGCCGUGUACAUUGGGUAUUACCAGACGGAUUUCGCCGAUUACUACCUGCAGGGGCUGUGCCCGGAGACUGCCAACCAUACCUUCAUGGCCAUGUACACUCGCAACAAACGCGCUGCCGACGACCUACCUCAGCCCGUCACAAGGCUCUACUGCACACCGUUCUACUACCAACAGCCCGUCAGCGCAACCAUUGAAGCCGCCACCCAACGACCGCUUAGCGUGACGCCUACGGGCGAAAAAACACCCCUUCCAGCAGACUUGUGGAACGCGACGUUUUUCGAGUACCAGAUGAACGAGGGCAGAAGCAACGUGCACCCGCAGGACUCACUGCCCCUCAAGUUCUGGCCCGACCAGACGGAAACAGUAUCGACGCUGAAUCUCAGCCUGGGCGUCGAAAGCACCGUUCUAAGCAGCAUGGCGGGGUUCUCGGUUGGCGCUACAAAUCAUACGCUGGAAGAACUGGUGGACCCAGAGGCACUGAGAAGCGCAUAUGAAGCUACUUAUCGCAUCAUCUUCGCAAGGUCCAUGGCGGAGAUUCUGCAUUACGACUUUUCUUCUGCUACGGCGUCGACGCUGAACGGAACUGCGCAAUACAAGGUAGCAGCUGUAGUUGUUGUGCCCGUCUUCACGUACAUUGUGGAGGGGUUCCUGGGCUUGAUAUCUCUGUGCAGCAUAGCGCUGUUGGUCAUUUCGCUGCGCCGGAAGUGGAAUCUGCAUUCUGAUCCGGCGACCGUCGCUAGCGUCAUGGCGCUUGUGGCCGACAACCCGGCUUUGUUGGAUGAUUUUGCGAAGCUGGGCCGUGUCAAGAUGGACGAGUUUAGCGAGUACGUCAAGAACAAGAAGUUUGUGCUCGAGAACAGCGAGCGAGGCAAUGUCAUCGCCGAAGCAGACAACUACGAUCCGUUGGAUAAUGAUACCCACGGCACUUUGCAGACUGAUUUGGACGAAGCCCAGAUAUCGAAGCCUGUACGCCCAAAGGAAUUUCGGUCAUUCAUGGUUGUGCCUUUCGUUAGUUUGCUAAUUGCACUUGCAAUAUCCCUGGGGGUGCUGUUGGCAAAGAACCAGCCUUAUGGUAAGCAUGCACUUGCUGAGUGUACUCUUAUGAGGCAGAUUGUUGAGAACUACAUCCCCACGGCUCUGGCAACACUGAUUGAACCUGUUUGGAUCUUGAUCAAUCGCUUGCUAUGUCUGCUACAACCGCUAGAGGAGCUCCGCGGAGGCAAAGCAGCGGCGUCCAGGUCAAUUGACGCCGAUUACAGUUCGCUACCACCCCAGCUUGUAAUGUUUAAGGCGUUGCGCUCGUCGCAUUUCAAGCUGGCUGUGGUGUGUUUGAUGGCAUUGCUGGCCAACGUUCUUGCAGUUGCCUUUUCAGGCGUGUUUGAAGAGCGUUCAAUCAUAGUUCCGGAAAACCUGUCGUUUGUCCCCCCGUAUCAGCAUAAGUUUGUAUCGAUCAACGGAACCGUGGGGCCGAACAUGCCUGCGCAACAACAAUUAACAGUCAAACCUUCUGGUGCCUACACUGGUGGUUUAGGGUCUAAUCAGUUCCUCGUUGCUGAAUCAAACUAUACGGCAGGAACACCACUUCCAGCAUGGACCGACAAUCGAUUCAUGUACAUGCCCUUCGUAGACGAAGACCUCUUGAAGCCGAACAAGACAGAAGCGCUGCAGGCACAAACAACUGCCAUCGGAGGAGAGCUCGAAUGCCAGCUAGUUGAAGCUCAGGAUUGGGCGGCCAGUUGGUUCAGCGAGUUGCCUGGGCUAUCCAACUUGAACAUCUCCGUAGCUGUCGGUGGCACAACGUGCGCAAGGACGAAUGUCAUGGUAAAUCUAGGACCCAUCGAUGCGGAUAGGACGACCCCGAAGUGCCAGAGAGGAAGAGUUGCUGUGGAAUAUACUGGCACGCUCGAAGCACGUCCAAGUGCCCCCGUAACCGAGCAUAACUUUUGUGCUGAGUUGGCGGUUUUGGCCUAUUUCCGAGAUACGGACAUCUGUUCGCGAGAUACGACGACUCGGAUCGACAAGAAGAACGCAGUGGUCUUUGGGUGCCGCUCGCGCCUAGUUGGUGGUCAAGGUGAUGUGAUAAUCGAUGACAGUGGUCGGAUUCAGGGCGUCUCCCAAAGGAAUGUGACAUCGGAUCUGCCCGAGAAAUUUCUGGAAAAGCACUUCAGUAACGAUGCGUCCAAUCUCCUACGCCAAGGCAACACGUACCUCCUGCCCCAAUUUACGACUCCCGCUUGGCACAACCAAUCGUAUGCCAACGACUUCAUGAACUACUUCAUGAUCAAACAGGGUGGUCACAGACGCCUUACCGACCCAACACUACCGCCUCCUUCGCUUGACGAACUUACCCAAAACUUGUAUCCGGUGUACAGCAAGCUCUUUGCUAUUUGGCUCGGCAUCAACAAAAGAAAACUGUUGCUUCCACGCGAAGAAGGCUCUACAUUCACCAUGGAAGGUGUGGCGAACGACCGGCAAAUCAGAAUUUUCCUCUCCCAGCCAUUGUUCAUCAUCGCAGAAACCAUUCUGGGUAUUUACGUAUUUGCCGCCAUCUGCAUAUAUCUCUGGCGACCAGGACGCUUCUUGCCCCGGAUGCCGACUUCCAUCGCUGCCGUGAUAGCAUUGAUCGCGGCGAGUCAGGCUGUGCGUGACAUGCGUGGUACUAGUUUGUUGAGCCGGAGCGGACGUAGGAAGCACUUGCGCAGUGUGGGUGGAUCGUAUGGAUACGGAACGUUCGUUGGCCCUGAUGGGAAAUUACAUGAAGGCAUCGAGAAAGAGCCGCUGGUGAACGCUGUGCCUCUUCUGGGCGUUGUUGAAAAAGUGCAGACGGGCUUCUCGUCGAAGAACUUCACGUUCAAACGGAGUCAUGGUUGA